AUGAAUACUGUGUCUGCUAUCGACUGUGUAGUAUCUCUGGGUACAUUUGUGUCUAAGCUCUUCGUGAAAUGCACGAUCCACAACGUAGAGAAAGUCAUCUAUCAGAGCAGGCUUUACGAAGGAGACAUGUACAGAGCGGAAGCCAAGGGAGUCAUGGAGAGGUGCAACGCCAGGCUGCCUGAUGACGAAGACAAGGAAUGGCUCAAGAUGCUUGAAGGGUUAGAUACGGAGCGCGAAUCUCUUGUCUUGUUUGCUAAAUACACGUCACUCGCCUCCGAACUAGCGGCUGUGUCAAAAGCCGACAAGUACCGUAUCAAUGCUAAAGUACUCUACGCCAAGGCCCGUGUCAUGUCCAACUUACUUCCUGGACAGAGAAGUAACGCAGACAUGACAGCUGAGAUUCAUCCAGACUCAGCACCUGAUAUGUUUUCGAAGGCACCGGCAGCGGAGACCAUAACACCACGAUCGAACACGACGAUAUCAGACGCUUCCAGCUCUGCAGGUAACGCAUUGCGACUGCGGCUCAAUCGCCGAAGGGGUCGUCAAAGCACACCUUCCUCGGCAUCCAGACACACAUUCAGCAGUCUAUCGUUCCUGAGGCGUCUCUCGACAGUGUCACUUCCUCUUGACAAUAAUCCACCACAGGCUGUGCUCGGACAAACGGCUGACGGACAGGUUGGUCUGCCUCGAUGA